AUGAGUGCAAGGCGGAGAGUGUCCAAGUCAAUAGAGCAAGGAGCUUGGGAGGAAUCCAUACAGAGCAGAGCGCGUGGAAGAGCCAAAGCAUCUGGGAACGACGAGCAGAGAGUAACACUGCCACCCCCAAGAAGGAAGCUUCCUAUCGUUCGCUGCGAGGCAGACGUGGACUUCCUGGUGGGGUUUGCUGGGUAUAUCAUGGACCCUCCUGCAUGCACCCACUGCAGCACGUGCUCUGCAGAAUUCGCGCAAUUUGUAUUCACAGUCGCUCUCAGUGCCAACUCCGCCUACCGCCCCGUCAGCCAUCUCUUCUCCCGCGUACUCUCCGUCUUCCCUCCCUCCUCCCCUGGCUUCGACAAGCUGGUUGAGUGCUUAGACCUCCCAGCACGCCUGCCCAGGCCGUUGAACCCGCACAUGCUGCUGAGGCGAGCCGAGCAGGUGCCUCUGUACUUCCUCAUUCACAUGGCCGUGUGGUGCGCUCGUCCUCUUCUGAAUCUUGCUUGUUCUAAGGGAGGGUACAGUGAGGGAGGGUACAGUGAGGGAGGGUACAGUGAGGGAGGGUACAGUGAGGGAGGGUACAGUGAGAAAGGGCAGGGAGUGCAGUCAGGUGCACGAAAAAAAGGAGUGGUGGAAAUGGGAAAAGGUGGCAGUGUGAAGGUGCAAGGCUGCUGGGAUGGUGAGAUGGAUCAGGCGAACGGUGGAGAGGUGUGGGAAGAGGUGGAAAUGUGGUACGUUGCAACAAUGAAGACAUGGAUGUCGAAGCUGAGGGUUGAGGGAGGGAGUGAGAAGUGCAGCGGCAGCAGAGAGCAGGAGAGGCUUACAGGGGGGUUUGACAUCACGUGGGCUCUUGCAGCGGCGAUCAUCCCGAGAUACUGUGAGGGGUUGCAGGGGCAGCAAAGGUCUGCCAUGGGGAGCAGCAACAAGGGUAGCAGCCGCAACGACGGCUGUGAGAAGAAGGGCAAAACGGGGGAGGAGCCAGCGUAUCUGAAGGCGUGGCCGGGGGGAGUCAAUCUGGUGGCUUGUCUGCGAGAGAUGCUGCUGGGGGAGCCGUGCUACCGCCCUGCCUCCCCUGCUGCCCCUUCCGUCCAUCCUGCGUCCACCCAUCCUGCUACUGCGUCCACCCAUCCUGCUACUGCUUCCACCCAUCCUGCUACUGCUUCCACCCAUCCUGCUACUGCUUCCACCCAUCCUGCUACUGCUUCCACCCAUCCUGCUACUGCUUCCACCCAUCCUGCUACUGCUUCCACCCAUCCUGCUACUGCUUCCACCCAUCCUGCUACUGCUUCCACCCAUCCUGUUACUGCUUCCACCCAUCCUGCUACUGCUUCCACCCAUCCUGCUACUGCUUCCACCCAUCCUGCUACUGCUUCCACCCAUCCUGUUACUGCUUCCACCCAUCCUGCUACUGCUUCCACCCAUCCUGUUACUGCUUCCACCCAUCCUGCUGCUUCCACCCAUCCUGCUACUGCUUCCACCCAUCCUGCUACUGCUUCCACCCAUCCUGCUGCUUCCACCCAUCCUGUUACUGCUUCCACCCAUCCUGUUACUGCUUCCACCCAUCCUGUUACUGCUUCCACCCAUCCUGCUACUGCUUCCACCCAUCCUGCUGCUUCCACCCAUCCUGCAGACAGCAUCCGUGCUGCAUCUGCUGCUACCGCUGCUGCUGCUUCAGUUGUGAACAAGUGGUGUGGGAUGUGA